CUCUUGACCCAACGCGCACAUCUAAUGCGCACCUACGUCACUAUCUGGUUUUUCCGACAGAGAAGGGCGCGAGAUAGAAAUCCAGGAGCGCGGACACAGCCCGGGCGCCCCGCACCAGCUGGGCACAAGCUACAACAUUACACUGAACACACCGGCACCAAGCCUCCGCCACCGCCACGGAACACUCCACGACGACGUUAAACCUGCGGAAUACAACGACAUAACACCGAAUAUACACGCACAUGACGUGCAGGGGCAGCAGGAGAAAUCAGCGUCUGACCGUAAACAACAGAAACAGAGGGAAAUGUCUUGGUGGCCGCGCGGUGAGGAUGGAGAGGAGGCCAUGCAUCAGGACACCGACUCUGAUGUGGCGGAGCAGAGAGAUGGUGGCAAAGUGAAGGUGAAAUGGACUCAAGAGGAGGAUGACAAGCUCAAAGCACUGGUUCAAAAACUGGGACCCAAUGAUUGGAAAUGCAUUGCCAGCUCCAUACCAACCCACACCGAGCACCAGUGUCAGCACCGCUGGUUUAAAGUCUUGGAUCCAGAAUUGGUUAAAGGUCCAUGGACGAAAGAGGAAGAUGAGAAGGUUAUAGAGCUUGUGAAUCUCUAUGGCAACAAACAGUGGGCGGUGGUAGCCAAGCAUCUGAAGGGCAGGCUGGGGAAGCAGUGUAGGGAGCGCUGGCACAACCACCUAAAUCCUAACGUAAAGAAGUCAUCGUGGACGGCCGAGGAGGACCUCGUCAUCUACAAGGCUCACCGCCUGCUCGGGAACCGCUGGGCCGAGAUCGCCAAGCUGCUCCCCGGAAGGACGGAUAACGCGGUGAAGAAUCACUGGAAUUCCACCAUCAAACGCAAGUUAGAGAUGGGCUUCUAUGCUGGAGAGGUGUUCGGGCCAAACGAGCUUGAAGAGCUGUUGGCCCGCGUCAAUACAGAUUUGCAGAUGCCCGGUUGCUCUCAAGAUGACACAGACAAGGAGCCAGAGCAGAAAACACCCACUUCAGAAACACCAUUUUCAGAUUCCAUUAGUGUCAGCCCAGAUGAAGUGGGACCAUCAAAGGACGUGUCCUCUCCAAAGGAAGGUUUAAGUCCCAAAACUGAGGCAGACGCCAGUGGAGAAACAAGCUGCUCUAGCUGGGUGGUGGAUAGCUCUGGCUUUCUAUCCCCUAAUGGCCCAGCGCUGAAGGAAGUGCUGGACAUGGUGGAUGGGGACCUCGACGGCUGGUGCAACCUCGCAGCCUUUGACCUGCCCGAGGACAGCCCGAGCCCAGAGCGCCACCAAUUUCGUCUGGAGGGCAGCGCCUUGCAGGAGUUGAGCAAAGGCAGCAAAGGGGAGCUCAUCCCUAUUUCACCUGGCGGGGUCACGCCGCCUUCCAUACUGAACCGCCGAAGUCGGAGACGCAUCGCCUUGUCUCCUGAUGCCAAUAACUCCAUGACGCCCAAGAGCACUCCUGUCAAAAUCUUGCCCUUCUCUCCAUCUCAGUUCCUCAACAUGUGGACCAAGCAGGACACACAUGACCUGGAGAACCCGUCCCUCACAUCCACACCAGUGUGCAGCCAGAAAGCCAUUGUUACUACACCGCUGCAGCGUGAUAAGACCCCACUCAUUCAGAAGGAGAACUCAGCAUUUGUUACACCAAACCACAAGUCUGAGCUCUGCACGACCCCACGAACUCCGACCCCGUUCAAAAAUGCCAUGGAGAAGUACGGCCCUCUGCAGCCUCUGCCCCAGUCCCCGAACCUCGAAGACGACAUAAACGAGGUCAUUCUAAGAGAUGCUGGGAUCGACUUGGUUGUUGUACGCUCGACUCCACCUGAACAAAGACGCAAAGCGAUGCAUCGGCCUCCGAUGAAGAAAGUGCGGAAGUCAUUGGCCCUAGAUGUCAUCGACUGCCAGUUGAUGCCUACACACAAACGCAAAUCCCUCAAAACGGAAGCCAAACACAGCAUCAAGGAGGAACCUGUGAAAGUUUCUCUCAACUCCUCAUCGCUUUGCAGCAAGCAACAUGAAAAUAUUUUGGAUCAGGGUUUCCUUUUGGGUCCUUGUGACAGUGCCAUAUUUCCCAGCGUGACACCCCCAGUUCCAAUGUCAAAAGAAUGGGAGACAGUCGUUUGCGGACAAACUAAAGACCAGCUUAUCAUGACGGAAAAAGCAAGACGCUACCUUCGCUCACUAAAAUCUCACGCUCCCAACCGAGCCCUGAUUCUGUCCUGAGACACGCCAACAUGUUACACACACACACAAGUUAAUGUUGCUGUUUUGUUGUAAAUUGUGGUGGAGAAAAGAACGUGUCUUGUGUAGGUUUAGCACAGAUCUUGAACUGUCAUCAGUAAUUUGAGAGAAUGGUGCUUUUAGAUUUAAUCUCAGUCAAGCAAGGCUUGAAAAGGAAUUUAAUGAAUCACCUUUCAUUGUACUGUUGUCACUUAAACAUGUUUGAGAAGAUCAAUGAAUGUAAAAUUGAAAAAACACGGCUAUAUACUUUUGCUAUCACUGAAAAGACAUGGUUUUACAGUGCAUAAUGUGUCUGUAAUGUAGCAGUUUUUUAAAGUUGCAAACACUCAGGUUGCACCUCCAGUUCUGUUGUAUGACUUGAACGUGGAGUAAAUUCAGACCGGUUAAUCAGUAGCGCAUUUAUCCAUGUUGGAAAUGUUAGGUGAACAUUGUCUUGUCAGAUCUGUUCAGCAUUUGUAUAGAUUUUAAAUACAUCUCAGUAUCGGGGCAUAAAGUUCUCAGGCACCGUGUCUGAUUUCAGAUGGAGCAAUUUUUAUUCAACACAUUGUUCACACUUCCCUCUGGACAACUUGUCAGGUUCACACAUCUUUUCUCUUUUCCUGCAAUAUUAAACAGUAAAGUAAGCUUCUCUCGUGGGUUAAAAGAAGCACUCCUCAAUAAUCCAUCGAGGUGGCUUAUUACUAUACCUAGCUAUACCAGCAUGGAAGGAAAGGGUAUUAUGAUAUUUGGCACUGUUUGUAAAUAUUUAGUGUUGUAUGUUUUUACUUUAUCUUGCAAACAUUUUGUUCAGAAAUGUAAUAAAAUGCCAGUAAUAUGUCCAAUAA